AUGGCGGUCGAGCCUGAGCAAGCAGAAGCACCGAAUGUUGAGACGAAUAAGUUAUCUUUGUCAUUGUUUCGAAGGCCCGACAAGUUUAAAAUUGGCGAAGACUUUGAUUUGUUCAUCAAGAAAUGUAAUUUGUACUUCGAAGCAGUGGAACUUGAAGAUGUUAAAAAGCGACGAUUUGCGCUGUUGUUUAAUUUGAGCGAAGAUGCGUUUCGUUUGGCAGAACCGGUUGAGUUUGGCGAAGGGGAAAACGCGUACAAAGAUUGGAUUGGAAAGUUGAAGUCGUUAUUUGAAAGGAAUCAGACUGCUACAGAGAAACGUUACAAUUUUCAUCGUCGAGAACAGGAGCCUGGUGAGUCUGUUGAUUCGUAUGCUGUUUCUUUGCGAGAAGCUGGAGCUAGAUGUGGUUUCCAUGGUGACGAAUAUUCUAGCAGGUUGGUUUGAUCAAUUUAUUUUGGGGUUGAGAGAUAAGGCCACCCAAAACAAGUUGUUACAAGAGCCACCAAACAGUUUAGAUGAUGCCUUGUUAAUUGCUCGAAGAUUUGAGGCAGCAAAUGCCACAAUGAAAACAUUAGCCAGAGAAGCAACAGAAAAAUUAAGUAGAACAACAAUUGGCUCAGUUCUUUGAAUGCUGCUAAAACAUGUUAUUCGUGUAAUGGAUUUGGUCAUGUGUCCAGACAGUGCCCUACUAUGAACAACUUCAGGCAAAAUAAUACUGCACGGCCACAAACUAAGUUAUGUUAUUCAUGUCAAAAGCCAGGACAUUUGGCAAAAUCCUGCCUCUUGGCUAAUCAACAACCAGUUAAUACUAAGCUCCAAGGUUAUGAUAAGAAUUGGCAAAUGGAUAGACACGUGACCAUUUGCUAUCGUUGUGGGAAUAGUGGCCAUAUUGCAAAGUUCUGUAAUGCCAAGUUGGAGGGAGGUAUGGGUUCUAGUAGAGAUGGUGAAAGCCCCAAGAAAAAUGAUUCAAAAAUCAGACUGUCUACCGUUUCUUCAGCGAGUAAGAAGAAAACCCUUAUGGUCGAGACUACUAUUAAUGGGAAAAACAAACUUUGUAUAGUUGACACUGGCGCAUCUAUUUCAUUAGUUAGUAAAGACCAGUGGCAACCUCUUAAACUGGAUGAUACCCCAUUAUUUCCAUCCGAUAUUGUUGCAGAAGCCGCUAACAAUUCUCCCAUUGGGAUUUUGGGCAAAACCACCUUGAAUGUGCAAUUUGAUGAAAACAACAAGUCAUCUCAUGACUUUUAUGUGGCUAAUGAAAUGGUGUCUGAAAUUAUUCUGGGUUUAGAACUUUAG